AUGAAGCUUUGGAUAGACAGCAUCGGUUCCCGACAUUUUCGAACUGCGUCUCGUCACCCCUGUUCGAACGGGGCGGCAGAGAAUCUAGUCAUAACUGUGAAGAGUGCAAUUGCCUCUGCCAAUCCUAAAACGCUACAUAAGUUGGAAACGUUGGUGGAUAUCUUCCUACUCCAAUACCACAACGCAACACAUACAACCCCGAAGGAGAGUCCGGCAAUGCUUUUUAAAUCCAGACGCUUGCGAUCCUCCCUACGGUGCCUCGACUCCAGUGACGUCGUAUACUUCCGUGGUAACGAUUUGCCUCCCGCAUCUGGUAUAGUCACACGACAACUGGGUCAAGCCAUGGUGGAAAUUACCGACUUGAAUGAUGCUACUGUGCACAAGCGACACGUGGACCAAAUCCAAUUCAAAUCAUCCACGGACCAGCGGCAUCAAGAGACAAGCGAGGGCGACAUUCAGUUGCAUACCACAUCAACACAACCGACGGAGCCUCAUGAAUCAGCGUUGCAGAAACAACCAAUAGAAACACAAAGACACCUCCAGGAACCGGCGAGGCCGACGAUUGCAGAUACUCUACAAUCCCAGGCCGGUCCGAGUGAUGAAAUCAGUCUGGAUCGAUUUUUUCAUCUGGCCGGUAUGGAACCGGCCCAGUUGGAGGCAAUUUGUAGUACUAAAAUCGGCGAAGGUCUGGAUCCGAUCGGGGUUGCCGGUACGUCAUUCAUGUCUCGUUAUCCGAUCACCCGACCAGACUCGAAAGACAGUAGUAGUGCGGCGGAUGUCCGAUCUCGUGCGGACGAGGACACAGCCAGCUAUCGUCGAAAGCUGGCAGCCUAUCAGGAUGGGCAACAGAAACAGGCACAACUUAUACAGAAAUUACAAAGUAAAGUAUUACAAUAUAAAAAGCGCACUUCUGACUUGGAAUUGGAAGUUGAACAAUUGAAGUCGGAAUUAGAGACGUCUGACAAAGUGGUAAGAUGUUCCGAGCAUGGAUGUUGUCUCUCUCCCCUCCCUGUCCCCCUAUCUGAAAGUCGUCUACAAUUGUCAUCUAACUGUUCAUGUGACACAACGGUGUGUGUGUGUGUGUGUGUGUGUGUGUGUGUGUGUGUGUGA